AUGGCAAUAUCGCCAAUGUUUUUAUUACCUAUUUCUGCUUACAUUCUGAUGCUUCCAAACGUGGAAAAGAAAAAAAUUGUUGGCGUAAAUGUAGAUAAGAUAUUAAAAUUACCAGACACUGAUGAUAUUAAUAAAUCUAUUAUUGAAAACAACAUUGACUCUAUCAAAAACGAAACUGACGAUCAUCGUGAAGCUGCUAAUUUUGAAUAUGAACUAGGUUCAAGCGAUGGCGAUUUAUACAACAAUGAUGGUGUUACGAACGCAAUAACAUCACAAGAGACCCGUGGCAACAUUGAUAUGGCCAAUAUUGGCUCCAAUAAUAAUGAACUUUGCAAUGUUGAAAAUAUUAAAAUUGAAACAAUAAUCAAAAAAUUUCAUCAUCAGAUACUAUUUUGUCAACCAGUUAAUGGCGAUAAUAAUGUGAAUAAUCAACAGACUUCCCAUGACCAAGCUAACGAUGAUGACGAAAGUUGGUUAAGAAGGGCAAUUGAAUUUGAGGUUAGAGCAGAUAAUGAUUUAGAUAAUGAUGGUACCACUAUUCCUAUCGAAUCUCCUACAGGUCUAGAUACAUAUUUAGCAUAUAGCAUUUAA